GCGUGAUGAAGCGGGUGCGCAGGCUGGACGGAGCCGGAGCCGGCAGGGUGGCCGUGCUGGGGCCGGACGGCGGGGCCGCCGCCUCCGGGACCUGCAGUCAGUGGAUGGUCACGGUGGCUCUCUGCGCCUCCUUUCUUGGGCUGGUAAUGUAAUUCUUAAUAUAGAUUACUCUUCUAAGUUAGGCGGAGAAAUAAAACGAGCCGUCAUUUAGGUUUCGCUCUGUGUUUUGUCACUUAAACGUUAAGCAGCAUGUAACCUGAUCACUGAAUGGAAUGUCCCAUUUAAUUCCAUUUAUUUUUUUUAUACUCAUACUAAUAAUACUGGUUAGUUUCAGAAAUCCAGUACUCUAAGAAUGGUUCGUUGUUUUACUUGAGAAGGGAUCUAGUACGAAUAAAAACAUUGGGGUUAUCGUGUCUGUGUGUGUGUGUGUGUGUGUGUGUGUGUGUGUCUGUGUGUGUGUCUGUGUGUGUGUCUGUGUCUGUGUGUGUCUGUGUGUGUGUGUGUCUCUGUGUGUGGAGUUCUUAUGUCCUCCCAUUGUCCUGGUUCUCUGGUUCCAUCAUGCACUCCAAAGACCCUGAUAUCCCUGUUCUAGGUGUACCACAGCAUGUGUGCUGAGCUUCCCCCUCCUUAUUUCUUCCAAAGGCAAAUAGCAAUACUUUUUAAAGUAAUUAUGAUGUCAUGACACUGUGGUUGGUUGUUGGAUAGGUAAUCAUGUUGCUGUACAGAAGCAGUUGUAUGUGAAGGUUUUAUAAAUUGACCAUCUGGUCAGCCUUAAACAGCAUGCCGUCUGUUGAAGUUGUUUUUGUGACGCAUUUUCACAUGAAAUGCAUGUGCUCAGUAUUUAAGUUACAAUUCUGCCGGCAAAUCACCCUGCAUGGUUUUUCCGUGCCGUGAAUGUAACACUCAGAAUUUGCCUGAGUGAGCGCAGAUAUUUGGAUCUCGCACUUGUUACACCAUCCCUUGUCUGUGAUCAGGGUUAGCCAGAGAACAUCCAGCUGCUGGUAACAUGGCACUGAGAAUACAGAGAAUGUAAGGAGAAAUUCAGGUGACGGUGGACUAGUUUAAGUUUGUGAUUUGUAAAGCCUGAACCUGAAUAAAAAAAAUAAAAGUCUAUAUUACUGAUUUCAGUGCUUUUUCUACAGUCGUAGGACGUAACUUUCUUAGUUAUAUAUACAGCUGACGGACCUGAAGCGGAUUAGCUGUGGCAGGGAAUGAGCAUCUCAGUGCUGGGGCCCACGUUCGGAGACCUGGCCUCUAACGUCAGACAAAGCAUCAGCAACAUCUCCUACAUCUUUGUGGGACGCUCUGCGGGCUACAUGGGGGGCUCUGUGGUGGCUGGGUUCCUCUUCGACAUCAUGAACCAUCAUCUGCUUCUGGGCUUGUCGUUGCUGCUCACAGCUCUCGGCAUGAUUGGAAUUCCCUUCUGUAAGAGCGCCAUCCUGCUCACGCUCCUCAUUUCUUGUGUUGGAGUUUCAAUGGGGUUUCUAGAUACAGGUGGCAAUGUCCUCAUCCUGAAGACGUGGGGGGACCGCGCCGGACCGCACAUGCAGGCCCUGCACUUCAGCUUCGCCCUCGGGGCCUUCUUUUCGCCCAUCAUCGCCAAGCUGCUGCUCGGGACGGACGAUCACUUGGAGGACAGCAAGGUCUUCGGCUCGAGGGGCACCCACUCGACGACUGCCUCGUACACUACUUGCUCUUCUCCAACCACUACGGAAGGACCUGUGCCCCCUCUGAAAGACCACCCACUAAUCAAACUAAUCAGAUCCACCCAUCAUCUUGCCCAUGCACCUAUCUCCAAGUCCAUGUGGGCCUACAUUGUGAUUGGGGUCUUUUUGCUGCUGGUCUCUCUUCUCUUCUUUGUCCUCUGUUCCCGGAGCAGCUCUGCUCAGGACAUGGCCAAGAUCUCCCCGGGGAAACCGCGGAUGGCCAAGUACCACAAUGCCCUCAUUCUUCUGCUCUUCUUCUUCUUCUUUUGGUACGUGGGAGCAGAGGUGGCCUACGGCUCCUUCAUCUACACCUAUGCCAAGGAUGUGACUUGUAUGACUCGGUCUCAGGCAGCUGGACUUAACUCCCUCUUCUGGGGCACCUUUGCUGCCACCCGGGGCCUGGCUAUCUUCGCAGUAGCCUGCGUGAAGCCGGGCACCAUGAUCCUGCUGAGCCUGGUGGGCUGCACGCUGUCCUCUCUGCUGAUGGUGAUCUUCAGCCACAACAGGACGGUACUCUGGUCCUGCACCGCCCUCUACGGCGCCUCCAUGGCCACCACUUUCCCUAGCGGCAUCUCCUGGUUGGAGCAGUACAGCACGGUGACGGGCCGCUCGGCGGCAGUGUUCGUGGUGGGCGCGGCACUGGGAGAGAUGGUGCUGCCUGGUGUCGUGGGAUUACUUCUGGGAAUGGUGCCGGAGCUCCCGGUGCUGAUGUAUCUGUCCCUGGGCACGGCCACCAUCACCUCCAUCCUCUUCCCCGUCAUGUAUAAGCUGGCCACCUCGCCUGGUGGGACGAGCUGGAGGCCACGGGACAAGCCUGGGGCCGACGACAGCGAGCACUACCAAGCCCUUCUGGACACCGGCGCCAAUGAGGAAGAGGAGGAGGAAGAAGAUGAGGCCGACCAGUGGAACGACGCUGACUUUGAAGUCAUCGAGAUGGACGACGCCAGUCUCAGCUCGCCGGACAAAACGGCGUCUCCGGUGGCCGCUGUGGAUGCCGCAGAAGCCCCUGAGGGUUCCCUGGUGACCCCGAUGACACACGACCUUACGGCCGAGCCAGCCAAUCCCCUGGAGCUCACCAACUCCCCAGUCACUCUCCUUGGAGACUCUCCCAGUGUGAAGCCACUCAUUACCCUGGACAGAGAAAAGAGAGACUAAAGACGCUGAUGCUGGGUGGUUGAUGAGUGCAUGAGAGAGAAAUUCUGCUGCGCGUCACCCAUUACGCAUGUCCAGUCUGUCCAAAUGUCCAAAUGUCAGGCACUUUUCCUGCCCCCUGAAACGAGCUUGAGCUCACAGAUAGCGGCAGCUGUUCAGUUUGGGGGAAAACUUAAUUGCAGCGUUGAGGAAGCUGUGUUGAAUAUGCCCCCGUAUUUCUUGAGUACAUUCUGUUACGUGUCUGGGUUAUGCUUAGACUACAGACCACAGUUGCUUUACCACUUGUUCUCUCAGAGCAGUCUAGGUCAUUGACUGUAGAUGCACAAUUCUCAAAAUACUGCCCCCCCCCCUUCCAGUGGCUGAUUACCUACAUUGUCCUGAAUUUAUGUAUCGUGACUUUUACUUUUACAGACUUAUUGUGUUUGUUAUGAAAUUAUAUAUAUUUCAUGGGGUAGGCCCUACUUAAUGGGCAAGUAUGAUACACAGCAUUCAAGGUACAGUCUGUGUUUUAGGGACAGUGCUGUACAUUAGCAAAAAAAUCACCCAGCAUUCAUAGCAAAGGAAUUUUGGACUUAAAUGUAGGGUAUAGCAGUAGUGCAAUUAAAUGGUGAAGCCAUUAUACUAAGUGUAAUCUUUUAAUAUAUAUUUUGGUAUAUUUUUUUAAAGUAGACCAGUGUUUCCCAACCCAGUCUGUGUUUUUGCUCCCUCCCAGCUCCCAGCACACCUCUACCAGGUAUUCGGUGUUCCUGAUUGGCUGGGAGCUUGGAGGGAGCAAAAACGUGGACUUGCCUGGGUUCCCUGUGGACUGGGUUGGGGAACACUGAAGUGGACCAUAGAAUCAGAUUGUGCUGAAUCAGAAGAUAUGCUAAAUUAAGAAUGAUUUACUGUGUGCCGAUAUUUACAGUGUCACACUGUUCCAUCCAUUUUCUGUCACCACUUGUCCUAUUCAGGCUUUUGGGGAGGGGGGGUUGAAGCCUAUGGAAGUACUGGGCAUUCGCACACCUAGGGGCAAUUUGGGCUGUGGAGGGGGGGGAGAUUGGAUUGUACACCUGCACUUUGGUGACACUUUUUGGACCGUUGGGGGUGGGGGUUGGGACAGCACUGGAGGAACAGGUCCAGAGCACAUGGAACCCUGGCGGAGAUUCGAACCCAAGUCCCAGAAGUACAAGGCGACUGUGUUAACCACUACACCACACUGCCACCACAUCAUGCUGGGUUUGAAUCCUCUCUUUAGAAAGCUGACAUGAAUUCAAGUGAAGAACACCACAAAUAAAGGAAUUGGACCCGCAGUCAGUGUCUCCGGCACCUUCAACUCCUGUUACAGAACCGUCCCUGGAGCGUAAAUUUGCCUUUUUAAAAUCGUCAGAGAAAAGUAUGAUUCCUCUGUGAGCAAAAAUGUGGUGUCUUCAUUUAAUAUUCUGGGUUAUCUGUGAGCAAAUUGUGCAAGACAUCUCAACUGUCAAAUUUUUAUAAAUGUACACUUUUAUUUUGUAUAGAUUGAUAUUUAAGUGUACAAUGUAUUCCAAUGUGUGUUGUCAUUAAUAAAGUAUAAAUUAUGAAGGA